AUGGCGCCCGUAUCACGUCUGUUCGGAUCCGGGCUCGCCAUAGCCCUUUACGCCAUCGGCGUCCAUGCCGACGGCACCGGCCUCAUCGGCUGGGGCAAGACCCUCUACGACCCUACCUGCUCCUUUGCAUGUCGCAAUGUCAUCAGAAAGCAAACUCUCGCCUGCACGCCCGUCGACUCGAGCGCGAACCACGGCACAGCCCACAAUCCAGUCUCGACGCCGCCGAAAUGUUUCGUCUCGGAUCACGUCUUCCUGCUCACUAUGGCGCUCUGCAUCGAUACCUACUGCCCGCUGAGCGAGAACCCGCCGAUGGCCAAGCUGGAAGACUACUGGGCAUCCCAUCUCGGGACCGGCACACUGGGCAACUACAAAUACACCCCAGCCAUGUCAUACCAGGAGGCUCUGGCUGCUGCGCGCGAGGAAGAAUCAAAGGCUGCUCAAAACACCAACUCCUCGUCUUCUGAUUCCGAGAGCGGAGGACACACCAACCACCGAAGAGUUCCUACAGUACGACUUGCGGCCCGCCAUGGGGACAUGUCGAUGGAUUCAGCCGACGGCCUGACGGUGUUCAAUGUCUCUAGCCCUCUCCCCAAGGCAGCGGGUGGUUCCAAGCCUCUCAAUACCACCAGCUUCGUCGGUCCCACCGAGUGGCAGCUACAGUGGAACUACAUGCACGACUUUGAGACGAACGAGGCAGGCCACUCGACUGUCACUAUUGUCAUUACUCUGGUCGCCGUCCUCCUCCCCGUCGCCCUCUCGACGCUCCGCUUCAUCCCAGGUUUCACAAAGAACUUUGCCUGGACGUACUGGCAGACUUUGCUGAUUCAUCCUGCCACCUUCGGUCGCCGUCACCGCGAGCCUGUCGCCGGGAUCGGCAACAUUCCCACCCGUGGCCAGGCCUUAUACAUCUUCGUACUCAGCUUCCUCAACAUCAUCCUCUGGCUCGGCCCAUACACGAUCCACCAGCCACAAGCCAGCUUCACAUCUCUGAAGAUGCAGAGCAUCAGCAUCAUCGGCAAUCGUGCCGGUGUAAUGGCCAUGGGCAACUUUGUAGCUCUGUUCCUCUUCGCCGCCCGCAACAACGUCCUGCUUUAUCUCACAGACUGGAGCUACAGCACUUAUCUACUCCUUCACCGCUGGCUAGCCUACUGGGCCAUCUUCCACACCAUCGUCCAUUCCUUUAUGCUCCUCGCCAACUACAUCCUCCAAGGCACCUACGAGGCCGAGCUUGCCCGCGAUUACUGGAUCUGGGGCAUCGUUGGCACCGUCGCCGUGAGCGCCAUCCUGCCCUUCUCUUUGCUGUGGGUGCGUCAGCGCUUCUACGAGUUCUUCCUCGCGUCUCAUGUCGUUCUGUCGCUCCUCUUCAUUGUCGGAUACUACUACCACAUCUGGUACGUCUACGAGUACAAUUGGGGCUACGAGAUCUGGAUUUUCGUCGCCGGCGGGAUCUGGGGCGCCGACCGCCUUUUCCGUCUUGUCCGCACUUUCUGGCAGGGUCUCAAAUGGGCCAAAAUCACCACGGUUGAUGACGUCGACGGUGAAUACAUCCGCAUCGAGGUGGAGGGGAAACGCCUCGAUGGCGGGGUGGUCUAUCUCGGGUUCCCGACUCUCAGCUGGCGUUUCUGGGAGACGCAUCCGUUUUCUGUCGCAUAUUCCGGACUGAACGACGUCAUUACUGAGUCGAGGACUCCAGAAUCUCCAGUCUCGACUCCGGUCAGGGAUGACAAGACGGAGGCUGAGUCGCCGACUGUCGAAGCUGACCCCGAAAAGGGCAUCAACGCCCAACAGAAUACAGUCACUACACCCGCACGAGGGAGCACAGAUACCACAGUCUUUUAUUCUCGCACCCGCAGCGGCAUGACGCGUGCCCUAGCUGCCAAGGCAUCCCACUCCACCCGCAUUCGCGUCCUCCUCGAAGGCCCCUACGAACAUUCAGGUCACGUCUCGGCACAAAUCGCCCAUUGCACCGAUAUGAUCUGCAUCGCCGGCGGCGUGGGAAUUACUGCGUGCCUCCCUUUUGUCCGCAACCGCCCUACUGCGGGUAGUACGUCGUUGUUUUGGUCCAGCCGCCACCAAGGCCUCAUCACAGCUCUGGCUCCAGCCAUCCAGAACCUCCCUAGCAGUGUCAAGGUCGAGACCGUCGUCGGAGAAAGACUGAAGUUGGAUACUAUCCUCACGAAGGAGAUGACUGCUGUCGCUGGUGGUGCGCUGGCUGUUGUCGUCUGCGGCCCGCCCAGCAUGGCGGAUGAUGUACGUAGUAAGAUUGUUGAAAUCACCAGGAACGAUUCGAGGAGCAGGCCUUACGUUUUGGUGGACGAAGCAUUUGCGUGGUAG